AUGGAGCUCUACGAGAAGUCGGGCGACGUGUUCAACCUCACCGGAAUAGACUGUAACGAAUUCAUCGAGCCAUGCCUGGACUACGGUGUCAAGAAGCGCUAUCCCUUCCUGGCCGUCAACUACCACGGUCUGGUGAAGAAGGGAGUACAGUACAAGAAGGAAGGGUCGACUCUUCCCAACGACCAGAGCAGAUUCAUUGACGUGCACAUCGACCGCGACGUGGUGCGCCUCGACCACAAGAACUUCGACAGUAGCGUGGCGAGCGGCCACUGGAUGGUUCAAUUCUACGCCCCCUUCGAAACGAGCAAGCACAGCCGUGACGCGUGGAACGUAUGGACCAAUCUCGCCGCUGUGGCGCUAAGAACGAAAGAGUUCAACGUGGCUCGCGUCAUGAUUGAGGGAGGAGUUGAAGCGCCCUACGACGGUUUGUGGGGCGCACCGAACAUGGUCGCGUGGUGGAAGACCUCCGCGGCCGAACGCCAGAGGGCCAGAGCGCUGCAAUCAGGCGAAAGCGUAGCAGGCCAGGCGGAUACCAUCGAAGGUGGUGUCGACGCGGCAGGGAAGGAGACGAGGGACGAGCUGUGA